CCUGACAGCUUAGAUGCCUCUUGGUUGCCUCAGCUACAAACAUCACUCGCAACGCCCACGCGUCCCGUCGAGGGAGUUGCUUCCCACUUGACGUCUAGUGAUGCACGAUGGGGCAUGUCGAACUAUGGACAAAGCCAACGAGCACCAGUGCUACAGCCGAUGGGUAGACACAGGCUAAUCAGUACAGCUCGCCUGGAGCAUGCAGAGAGAGAGAGAAGUCUGCCGCCGGUGGCGACACCUGCUCAGAGCCUGGAAACUGCGGACCUGGCAGGAAACCGGACAAUGAGACGGCGGAUUCCGUCACCUCGCCUGCUCGGACGGCCAUACAACCGGCCCGGAAAUGAUAAGAGGAUGGUUGGAGGUGAAUGCGGUGGCAACAUUGGCUGUGGCAGCAGUGAGGGUUAUGGCAACAGCGGAGGCGUAGGAAGACAGAUUAACCGGAUUCAAUCCAUCUGGGCAGUUGUUCCCAAGGCACAGGAGGAGUUGGACACUCCAGAGUCCGAGGCGACCAGUCAAAGGAGUGGAGUUCACAGACCACAGAGUAAGUGUCGAAAGACAUGUUAG